UCGAGGACGCAUAGAGAUUGAAGUCAGAGAGAGAGAGAGAACCAUGGCUGAUGAUCUAAAAGGUAAGUUGGACACAGAGGUAGAACUCAAGUCCAGUGCUCAUGAAUUCUUCAAUUUCUGGAGGGGUCAAGUUCACCAGACUCCCAAUCAUACUCCUGCAAAUGUACAAGAAAUUAAGCUGCAUGAAGGUGACUGGGAAUCUUCAGGCUCCAUCAAGAUUUGGCACUACACUUUAGAUGGGAAACCUGGGGUGUUCAAAGAGAGAAUCGAAAUCGAUGAAGAGAAUAAAAUAGUAAAGCUUAUUGGUUUGGAAGGUGAUGUGUUCAAGUUUUACAAGGUGUAUAAUGGAAUCUGGCACAUUACGCCCAAACCUGAAGGUUGCUCAGCGAAAUUGACUAUUGAAUAUGAGAAAUUAGACGAGACUUCCCCAGAUCCUCAUAUUUACUUGGAUUUCAUUACUAGAAUGACCAAGGAUAUCGAUGCAGGCCUUGUGCAGGCUUAAUAUAUAUGCUGCCCAUCAGAAGAUGAUCUAUAAAUCUUCUAUAUGUCUUCAUAAUAAAAGCAUAUGUUAAAAGCUGCAUGCUCAUUUGGGUUAUGUAAUGUAAGUGGUUUUUAAUUACGUGUUGUUGAUUAUGGUGUCCUGUAAAAGUAUUAAUGAAAUCAAUGAGAAGCUUUGAUUGCAUC